GGACCGAGGCCACCAUCGGCGUGGACUUCCGCGAGAAGACGGUGGAGAUCGAGGGGGAGCGCAUCAAGGUGCAAGUGUGGGACACGGCUGGCCAGGAGAGGUUUCGGAAGAGCAUGGUAGAGCAUUACUACCGCAACGUGCAUGCCGUUGUCUUCGUUUACGAUGUCACAAAGAUGACCUCCUUCACCAACCUCAAGAUGUGGAUCGAGGAGUGCAACGGGCACGCGGUGCCCCCCCUUGUCCCCAGGGUGCUCGUUGGGAACAAGUGUGACUUGAAAGACCUGAUCCAAGUGCCAUCCAGCAUGGCCCUGAAGUUCGCCGACGCUCACAACAUGCUUUUGUUUGAGACCUCGGCCAAGGACCCUAAGGAGAGCCAGAACGUGGACGCCAUUUUCAUGUGCCUGGCCUGCCGGCUGAAGGUGCAGCGGUCGCUGCCCUGCCGGGACCUGGAGGGGCGGCCGGGCCAGGCCCGCAGGCUGGAGCCAACGCACGACGCCAACGGUAAAAACUCCUGCCCGUGCUGAGCAGGGCUCCCGCCGCCCUCUGUCACGGUCACCCCAAUAAAGUCUCUGCGGCUCCA